AUAUAAAUAGAACAUGGAAUUAUGUGACACUAUCUGGUUCCUAGUCCUUACCGAAAACUAGAGGCCAGGGUCUCGAGUGUGUGGGUUUGUUGAUCUCGAACACCAGAGGUAGAGAAGAAGGCUCAAAAUAUGGCAGCAGAGUCACUGAGAGUAACCACUUCAUCUCUCUGCUACCUCAAUGGAUCACAGAGGAGACCAACCCCUCUCUCUCCUGUUCGCUUCAUGGGUUUACGCCCUCGACCCUCUCACUCUCUCUCUUCAUCUUCUCUUUCGCAAUUCUUCGGGACUUCUCGAAUCAACUACAGUUCUUCCACUUCACGCCAACUUGCUCCAAGAAGAAGAAGCUUUUCUGUUUUCGCCAUGUCUGCUGACGACACAAAGCGUGUUGUUCCAUUGAAGGAUUAUCGCAAUAUUGGCAUCAUGGCUCACAUAGAUGCUGGGAAGACUACUACAACCGAACGAAUUCUGUAUUAUACUGGAAGAAACUACAAAAUUGGAGAGGUACACGAGGGAACCGCGACGAUGGACUGGAUGGAGCAAGAGCAGGAAAGAGGGAUUACCAUUACUUCUGCUGCAACUACUACAUUUUGGAAUAAGCACCGGAUCAACAUUAUCGAUACUCCUGGUCAUGUUGACUUUACCUUAGAAGUGGAGCGGGCACUUAGGGUGUUGGAUGGGGCUAUAUGCUUGUUUGACAGUGUUGCUGGUGUGGAGCCGCAAUCAGAAACUGUGUGGAGGCAAGCUGAUAAAUAUGGGGUGCCACGGAUUUGCUUUGUCAAUAAAAUGGACCGCAUUGGAGCAAACUUUUUUCGAACGAGGGACAUGAUAGUAACAAAUUUGGGUGCUAAACCACUUGUACUGCAGUUACCAAUUGGUUCAGAAGAUAGAUUUAAGGGAGUUAUAGACCUUGUUAGGAUGAAAGCUAUAGUUUGGUCUGGAGAAGAGCUGGGUGCCAAGUUUGAUUUUGUAGAUAUUCCAGCUGAUCUUCUAGAGCAGGCUCAGGAUUACCGAGCCCAGAUGAUAGAAAACAUAGUUGAGUUCGAUGACAAGGCUAUGGAGAACUACCUGGAGGGAAUUGAACCAGAUGAAGAAACUAUAAAAAAAUUAGUUAGGAAGGGAACCCUAGCAGCCAGUUUUGUGCCAGUGUUGUGUGGCUCAGCUUUCAAAAACAAGGGAGUCCAACCUUUGCUUGAUGCUGUGGUGGAUUAUUUACCAUCACCACUGGACUUGCCACCAAUGAAGGGCAGUGACCCUGAAAACCCAGAAGUGACGAUAGAGAGGAUAGCAAGUGAUGAAGAACCAUUCGCUGGGCUAGCUUUUAAGAUCAUGAGUGAUCCAUUUGUAGGCUCACUAACUUUUGUCAGGGUGUAUGCUGGGAAGCUAAGUGCAGGGUCCUAUGUACUCAAUGCAAACAAAGGGAAAAAGGAGAGAAUUGGUAGACUUCUAGAAAUGCAUGCAAACAGCAGAGAGGAUGUUAAAACAGCUUUAGCUGGUGAUAUUAUUGCUCUGGCAGGUUUGAAAGAUACUAUUACUGGUGAAACUUUGUGUAACCCUGAUAAUCCAAUCAUGCUUGAGCGGAUGGACUUCCCUGAUCCAGUGAUUAAGGUUGCAAUUGAACCCAAAACUAAAGCUGAUGUUGACAAGAUGGCAACUGGUUUAGUCAAGCUUGCCCAGGAAGACCCUUCUUUCCACUUCUCCCGUGACGAAGAGAUAAACCAGACAGUGAUCGAAGGAAUGGGAGAAUUACAUCUUGAAAUCAUUGUUGAUCGACUCAAAAGAGAAUUUAAGGUGGAGGCUAAUGUUGGUGCUCCCCAAGUAAACUACAGGGAAAGCAUUUCCAAAACCUCAGAAGUGAAGUAUGUGCACAAGAAACAAUCAGGUGGACAAGGUCAGUUUGCAGAUAUCACUGUACGGUUUGAGCCCAUGGAUCCGGGUAGUGGAUAUGAGUUCAAAAGUGAAAUCAAAGGAGGUGCUGUACCAAAAGAAUAUAUUCCUGGGGUGAUGAAAGGAUUGGAGGAGUGUAUGAGCAAUGGUGUGCUUGCUGGCUAUCCGGUUGUUGAUGUGCGCUCAGUUCUUGUGGAUGGUUCUUACCAUGAUGUAGAUUCAAGUGUGCUGGCAUUCCAGUUGGCAGCAAGAGGAGCUUUUAGGGAAGGAAUCAGAAAAGCUGGACCAAGGAUGCUUGAACCUAUAAUGAAGGUUGAAGUUGUUACUCCUGAGGACCAUCUAGGUGAUGUAAUUGGCGAUCUCAACUCAAGAAGAGGCCAGAUAAACAGUUUUGGUGACAAACCCGGUGGUCUAAAGGUGGUUGAUGCUCUGGUACCUCUUGCUGAGAUGUUCCAAUACGUCAGUACACUCAGAGGGAUGACAAAGGGCCGUGCAUCCUACACAAUGCAAUUAGCCAUGUUUGAUGUGGUGCCUCAACACAUUCAGAAUCAACUUGCCUCAAAAGAGCAAGAAGUUGCAGCUUAAUGUAUUUCCUUGGUCUCCAAACAAGGAACUUCUUCCCUUCCCCUUGUCAAAUAGUUGUAUUCGGCUUAUUGUGUUGGUAUUUUUUUAUUGUAAUUUUCCUUGUACCAAUACAAGGUUAGCCAAAAAAAUAAUUCAGAAGCAGACAGAAAAACCAAACGAUUUUUCUUCCUUAGUUGGAGAGAAUGAACUGUUACGGGGCACAUAAAUUUUUUGGGGUAAACUUGAACAAUGCUUAACUAUGUUGAGAACCAAAUAUUAUUUACCUAUCUUUAGUUUUUAAUAAAAAUGCAAAUUGAAUUUGUCCGCAUGAUAUUU